AUGUUCAAGUUGUUGGGUAAAACUACAUUAAAAGCAGCCUCCUUGCGCUCACAGGCACUACUAUCCAACUACCCCAAGAUCCUCACGAAGCCAGUCAUAUCACCUACUUUUCAAAGUCUACGAAGCUUAUUUAUUCAAACAUCAGAUACACCUAACGACCAUGCGUUGAAGUUCCUUCCAUCUAUGAAGAUAUUAGAAGAGAAUGAAACUCGUGAAUAUUUAAGCGGGAGAGAGGCGCAUUCGUCGCCUCUUGCAGUUAAGCUAUUUAGCGUUGAUGGAAUAAAGUCCAUCAUGUUUGGUUCAAAUUUUAUCACCAUUGAAAAAAGUCCUCAAAUUGAGUGGCAAUUACUAAAGCCGGAAAUAUUUUCAAUCCUUACUGAAUACUUGACCAACGGCUUGCCUGUGGUCAACAUUGACGGUGAGGAUGCAGAGUUGGCGAGCGACGUCGCAUUUAAUGAAGAUGACGAUGAGGUAGUGUCGAUGAUUAAAGAAUUGAUCUUUACGAGAAUACGUCCAGCGAUACAAGACGAUGGCGGUGAUAUUGAAUUUGUGGAUUUCAGAGAGUCUGAUGGAACCGUCUACCUCAAGUUGAAAGGAGCUUGUAGGACCUGCGACUCUAGCUCAGUCACGUUAAAAAAUGGUAUUGAAAGCAUGUUAAAGCAUUACAUCGAAGAAGUGCAGUCAGUUGAGCCUAUUGAGGAGAUGGCAGAAGCUGCGCCAACAAUGGCCAAUGUCUCACCUCGUAGCAGGGAAUAG